CUUCCAUCUACGGACCCUAAGAAAUAGCAGUCAAACGUCUCUCCCCUCCCCUAUCUCUGCUGGCAAUACUACAUAUAUAUAUAAGCAUGGACACCUCUGCAAGCUCCUCAAGCGAUGUCAGACCCAUAGCGAAAUCCCUGGAUCCGCCUCCCCACAGCGCCCAGCAGACUGUGCCGCGGAAGCUUGCGGUUCUCAGCGCACUGGCAAUGCUGAUGUUCCUCAGCAGUCUGUCGCUGACAUCAGUCACCUCAAUCACAGCCAAGCUCGGCUACAAGCUCCACAACCAAAGUCUUGACUCUUGGAUCACCACGACCUACCUGGUGGCAUUCACGGCAAUCAUUCCGUCGGUCGGAAAGCUCUCGGACGUAUUCGGGCGCCGCUGGCCGCUGGCCGGAUUCAGCACGCUGUUCCUUGUUGGCUCGAUCAUCUGCGGAGCUGCUGGCAAAAUGAACACCAUGCUGGCAGGUCGCGCGGUGGCGGGGAUCGGUGGCGGCGGACUAUUCACCCUCACUGUCAUUAUUGCCUCUGACCUUGCCAGGCCGCGGCAGCGCACGCGACUUCUCGGUGUGCUCGGGGCUGCGUGGGCGCUGGGAAUAGGCGCUGGCCCUGCGGUUGCUGGGAACCUUUUACGCCACAAUUGGCGCUGGUUGUUCUACAUGAAUGCUUUUAUUCUUGUAUUCGCCCUGGCUCUUGCCUACCUGGCAAUGGGGGCAGCGACGCCGGCUAGGUCAGCGAAUCUGUGGCAUGUGGAUUAUGUCGGCAUGGUUCUGAUGGCCGGCUGUGUGACGGCUUUGGUCCUGGCACUGAACUACGGCGGCGACCUCUACGCGUGGUCCUCGGGCGUGGUCAUUGCGCUUUUGAUCCUUGCUGCGGUCCUCUUCGGUGCCUUUGGCUAUUAUGAGGCAAAAUUCGCCAAGGACCCGAUCUUCCCCGCCGGCCUGCUUCGGUCUACUAAUGCACGUAUUAUUGUUGCUAUGCAGCCGUUCAUUGGUAUUGCCGUUUACUGCCCGGUAUUUUAUGUCGCCAAGUGGUCAGAAAUCGUUAAAAACGAGUCGCCCGCAACUGCUGGAUCGCACCUCAUUGCGUUUAUGCUGGCCGCCAUGGCCACCUCUAUUGCGUCCGGAGUCAGCACGAGCUUUACCGGAGAGUACAAGUUCCAGAUUGCCGUCUCUGCUGUAUUGCUGACGGUCGGCAAUGGGCUAAUGCUGGAAUACAAGGAGAGUAUUUCCAAUGGUGCGCAGAUCGGGUUCCUGAUCAUCCUGGGCAUUGGUGCCGGCUUCACCAUGCCCACCCAUGUCACCUGCAUCCAGUCGGCUAUGGAUACGGCCGACAUGGCAGCUGCUACGUCAUCGCUGUUUUUAUUCCAGUUCUUUGGCGCGGCAAUUGGCAUUGCCCUGUAUAGCAUUAUCAACGAAGCCGUUCUGAUUGCCAAGCUGGCAACCGUCGCACUGCAGCAUGUCAUCUAUAGCAAGUACAUCCUGAUGUCGGCUGACAAUAUCCAGGUCAUCAGGCUGCCAGAGAUUUCAGCGACCGUGCGCGAUGCAGUUAUCCAUGCUAAUGUGCAGGCGAUGCACUCGACGUUCAUUGCCGGUGUCAUAUUCGCUUGCGCUGCCGUCCCGCUGUCGCUGCUAAUUAAGCACAAGCUCAUCAGCAAGGAUGCGUUGUAGAAGCCACUCGUUUUGAAUAUAUAAAUAGCUGAAUAAAAUAUAUGCACAUGUAAUGUAAACUGAGGCGUUAUACGCAAAGUUUUAUAAAUAAGAAAUGAGAAAAUACUAAGCGG